GGAAACAUCGAAGGCAAAGGAAAGUCAUUGUGCACAAUACUAACAACUAGCAGCAAUGUUGAUCAUGCACUUUCUUAGAUCACUGGUUUCCAAUUGCUUUUGCAUCACACUUUCUUCUUCCCGUGGUCAUCUGUGCAUGCAAGAAAGCAAACAGCGAUGGAUGUUGAUCAAUGGACAGUAGACGAAGAAGAGCAGAAAGAAGAAGUGAGAGGCAGCAGGCCCAAAAUCACCUUCAUGAAUAUGAUCGCAAGUGCCAUCUUUUCGUCUCCUCAGAAGAAGCUCUCGUUGCAGGAAAUCUACCACUUUAUCGUGGAGCAUUACGGACACUUUUACCAUUUUGAGAACCGUAAAGCUUGGCAGAACGCCGUCAGACACAAUCUAUCAUUGCACGAGUGUUUUGUCAAAAUACGUCGACCAGCGCGAGUAUUGAGCGGCGGAAAGGUGUACGAGACAACAGCUCACGGAUGUUAUUGGGCACUCGAUGAUAUGGCGUUACAAGAGUUUGAAGUGCACGGCAAAAUCAGAAGAAGACCUUCAGCACGAGUUGCGAAAAUGAAGACCGUUUACGAACUCGAUACGACAAGCAAGAAGAAAGGUCGUCCAGCCUACUCGACGACGUUUCGCGAUCCUCAUCUUCCACUUCCCAUCGCACGCCCCAUAUCGUUUCCACAAUCCUCGUUUCCACAAUCCUCGUAUCCAUCCUCAGAAGACAUGGCUAUGCUAGGGAUUUCCCCUCCGGAAUCGCCGGGCCAAUCAGAGACUUUCCAUGUAGGUGGUUUGGAGCAACUACAAGAAGUCUGUUGGCAACGAGGUGCUUAUCCUCCGUCUACUUCUUUCUGCAGCUCGUCGCAAGAAAUAAAGCGACUUUGUUUGGAGGUUGUGCACAUGUAUGAUACAUUCACACAAUGA